AUGUUUUUGGUUGAUGCAUUUUUUAAACAUCGAUCAACCGAACCAAUUUGGUUUAUAUGUUUUCGAGGUUUUAUUGCCGUUAUUUUCUCGAUCAUUCUUUUAGGUUAUUCAAUACUUCAAUUUAGUCGAGUUGGACAAAAUUUAUAUUCUAUUAAAUUACGCAAAGAAAGUAUCAAUGAAACUAUUUUUGCUAUAAAUAUCUGUACUGAAAUUUCUCAGGAAUUUGGUGUCCAAAUAUUCUCCAGCGAAUUUGUCAAAUAUCCAGAUGUAAACUUAACCAAUUCAAUGAAAAUAAUUCCUCCUUGUCAAAUUGUUCACUUUAGUAUUAAAAGUGAUGAUAUAAUUUGGUGGAAUGCCAGUGUUCCUUUUAAUAUUAGUGAUACUUUUAAUAAUUUAUCAGAAUAUUUGGGACAAAAUAUUAAUAAUCGACUAAAUUUGACGUUUAACUCCUUUAGGUUUCAAAACAGAUACAAUCUUGAUGAUUUAUAUCAUUUUUUUGAUCAAAGUUCUAUUUUGGGAGGAGAAAUAUCUUCAAUUUAUCCACGAGCUCUCUUAAUAACUCUUGAUGAAUUUACUUCCGGUCCUAAUGAAACAUUAAUUACGAAUUUUUUGUCAAAUAUUGGAGGUAUUUAUAGUGCUAUCGGAGGAUUCUUUAUUUUAUUAUUUGGAAUGCCAAAACUUGCACCUUGGGGUUUGGCGCAAACAUAUAUUUUAUCCUGUAUUCCUUGUAGAAGAAGUUUUACGAAAAAUUUAGCAAAAAAAUAUGUUUCAUCUGCGGGUAUUCCUUUAGCUGAAAAAGUUGAAAACAGACCUGAAGCAUCAUCUCUAGAGCAAAGGAUUCAAAUCCUGGAAACUUUGCUACAUGAUUAUUAUUUAGAUGAUUAUUAUUUAAAGAAAGUCAAAGAGGUUAUAAUUUUACAUAAAAAAGAUCAAGAAAAACUUGAAAAGUUUAGAUCAGAAAAAUUAAAAAAAUUAAGAGAAAUGGAUAAUGAAUUAGAAAUGGAUGAUUCAGAAUAUCUAUUAUAUCCAUUGGUUUCACCUGGCAAACUAAUUGAUAAGCGAAUGUAA